AUGGAGACGCCCGCGAAUGACCGGCCCCCGCGCACGGCUGUCGUCACGAUCGUUGCCAUCGUCCUCCUCGUUGCGUUGUUUGUGGCGCCUUUCCGAGUGAUUGAGGCCGUUGCGCUGUUUGAGGAGAGGGAGAGGGAGAACGCGCCGAGCCUGACGACGACGACCCGUUCCUUUGUAUUCACGACCGACCACCCGCACAUCGACCACAUCGCGCAUUCGCAUGGUGAGGAGCAGUGGCGCGCGGCGGUCAAUCCGGAGAGCUAUGAUGAGUGGGACCCCGAUACAUACGAUGCUUCGCCAUGA